UGUGUGUGUGUGUGGCUAGCUAGCAGCUAGCUAGUUACGCAGUAGCGGCAGUUUCGCGUCCGGGCAGCUAGUGAAUCAUCGUACCAAUGCCUUAGAAAACAUUUAGUCUUCGCCUCCCUCAGCUGAUAAGAAUGCUGUCCAUUGAUUCCAGUGGAUAACAUUCAUUAGAAUAACCGCACAACACCGAUGUCAGACUGGUUUUUAUCGGCCGCGGCCACAUUUUCCGUUUUUGGCCGAGCUAGCUAACCAGCUAGCAUAGCUGCUAGUUAGCCUGUUAGCCCGUUAGCAACGCCUAUGAUGGGGAGCAGAUCGAUAACGGAAGCCUAGACUCUGCAUGGCGACGGACUGGCAGCGGUGGGAGUGAGCAGCCAAUCAGCCGAGGCCCCCCCGGUAGCACCAUGGCGUCCCGUCAGAGGAACUCGGUCCGGAUCCUGUCCAGCCGGGAGCGCGGCUCCCAGACCUUUGGCUCCCAGAGGCUGCUGCAGCUGCUGGUGGAGGAGAAAGUCCGCUGGAUGAAAUGGCAGAGUCAGAAAGUGGAGCUGCCGGACAGCCCUCGCUCUACCUUCCUGCUGGCAUUCAGCCCCGACAGGACUCUGAUGGCUUCCACUCACGUCAACCACAACAUUUACAUAACGGAGGUGAAGACUGGAAAGUGCCUACAUUCCCUAGUGGGCCACCGCAGGACCCCCUGGUGUGUGACCUUUCACCCCACAAUCCCCGGCCUGGUGGCCUCUGGGUGCCUUGAUGGCGAAGUCCGCAUCUGGGACCUGCAUGGCGGCAGUGAGAGUUGGUUCACAGAGAGCAACGUGGCCAUCGCCUCCCUGGCCUUCCACCCGAGCGCUCAGCUCCUCCUCAUCGCCACCAACAACGAGCUGCACUUCUGGGACUGGAGCCGGCCGGAGCCCUUCGCCGUGGUCAAGACGGGCAGCGACACGGAGAGAGUCCGGUUGGUGAGGUUUGACCCUCUUGGUCACAACCUACUGACAGCGAUCGUGAAUCCGUCCAAUCAGCAGAACGAGGAGGACUCGGAGGUUCCCAUGGACAGCGUCGAGAUGCCUCACUUCCGCCAGCGCUCCUUCCUGCCUUCGCAGCCGGUUCGCCGCACACCCAUCCUCCACAACUUCCUGCACAUCCUGUCGUCUCGCUCGCCGGGGGCUCAGACGGCGGGCGAGCAGCCGCGCCCUCUCGGUGACAACGGGAGCGGUGUAGGAGAAUCUCCCAGCAUGCCUCUGGCCCAGUACCCAACGUCUGAGCGCGGGCCUCCGUUCCCGGGCUGCACGCAGCACCUGGGCAUGGUCUGUCUGUGCAGUCGCUGCUCCGCCAAUCGCAACCCUUCGCUGGGCGGCGAUGCGACCGCCUCCGAUCCCCCGCAGCCUUCGGCGGCGUCCACGUUCUCUUCGGCGCGUACGGAGCCCAGGCAGCCGUCGGAGCGACCCUCAGCCUUUACCUCAGUCUACUACAGCGCCGGGACUUCUCUGAACGCCCCCGCACCGAGCGGCACGGAGCCGCACUCCACCUCCAGCCCGGCCUCCAGGCCUGGACCUGACUGGACUCGUAACCUGCUGAGUAUGCGUGAGGGAGGGGUCGGCCCGGGGAUGCUGCCUCCCAGAACCUCGUCCUCCUCCAUCAGCCUCCUGUCAGUCCUCCGUCAGCAGGACGGGUCCUCCCACUCGCCCGUCUACACCUCCGCCUCCGAAGGCCGGGGGUUCCCCCAGCAGGGCGAGCCCGGCGCCCGCGACGCCGCUGGCACCAGCAGCGGCCAUCACCCGUUCUGGGACGGCUCUCGCAGCAACACGGCGUCCUUCCGCAACGUGCUGCAGUGCAACCUGAGCCGCUACUUCAUGGAGUUCGACCGCAUGCAGGACCUGGAGCCGCCACUAGGGGGCCAGGAGCCCACCCAAGAGCUGCUGAACAACAACAUGGACCCUGAGCGUCCCGGGCCGUCCUCUUCUUCCUCCACAUCCUCCCCUACUAUCAUCCACUACCAGCCUCCUCUCCCUCCUCCUCCCGCCCCACACAACACGCUGGAGAACAACCCGCCCCCCCCGCCGGCGUCCCGCGGACAUUUGAACCGCUGCCGUGCAUGCCAUAACCUGCUGACCUUCAACCACGACUCUCAGCGCUGGGAGCGAACCAGCCAGACUUCCUCCGUCUCUGCCUCCCCUCUGGAGCCCUCCUCUUCCUCCCCCUCCUUCCCUGCUUCGUCUGCGUCCCCGUGGCAACCCGAGGAGGGCGGUAGGACGCUGGAAGCGGAGCCGCCGGAGAGGAGGGUGCCCCUGCCGCAGCCGGAGCCCAGCGAGCAGCCGCCUACCCCCGGGGCCUUCCCCAUCGCCCCGUCCCCCAGCCACCAGCCCGGGGAGCAGACGGUGGGUCUGGUGUACAACCAGGACACGGCACAGUGGGAGCGGGUGUACCGGCAGGCGGCGGCGCCCGGCAGAUCGGCAGAGCCACCGGAGGCCUUAAGCCAAGAAAUGCCUGUUGACCCCCCAGACGAGGACUCCCUGCGGAGGCGACUGUUGGAAUCCUCUCUGUUAUCGCUGUCUCGCUACGACAUGUCAGGAUCCAGAGACCACCCCAUUUACCCCGAUCCAGCCAGGCUUUCUCCAGCUGCGUACUACGCCCAGAGGAUGAUCCAGUAUCUGUCGCGGCGGGACAGCAUUCGCCAGCGCUCGCUCCGCUAUCAGCAGAACCGUCUGCGGGCCAUGUCGUCUUCAUCGGACAGCCCCGCCAGCAACCCGUCCAGCUCCAUGGACAACAGCGACGUGGACUUUGAAGAGCUGGAUGAUACUGGAGACAGAGCGAGGCACAGGACUCCACGUAACGCCAGGAUGUCUGCGCCCUCGCUCGGCCGCUUCGUCCCACGACGUUUCCUCCUCCCAGAGUACCUGCCCUACGCCGGGAUCUUCCACGAACGAGGGCAGCCUGGCCUCGCCACACACUCCUCUGUCAACAGAGUGCUCGCUGGGGCAUCGAUCGGGGACGGCCAGUCUGCGGUCGCCAGCAACAUCGCUAACACCACGUACCGUCUGCAGUGGUGGGACUUCACCAAGUUUGACCUGCCGGAGAUCAGCAACGCCUCAGUCAACGUCCUGGUGCCAAACUGUAAAAUCUACAAUGACGCCAGUUGCGACAUCUCUGCAGACGGUCAGCUGUUGGCCGUCUUCAUUCCCAGCAGCCAGCGGGGUUUUCCAGACGAGGGCAUCCUGGCCAUCUACUCUCUGGCUCCCCACAACCUGGGAGAGAUGCUCUACACCAAGAGAUUCGGUCCGAAUGCUAUCUCCGUUAGCUUGUCUCCAAUGGGCUGCUAUGUGAUGGUCGGCCUGGCCUCUCGCAGGAUCCUGCUGCAUCCCACCACCGACCACAUGGUGGCGCAAGUCUUCCGCCUGCAGCAGCCCCACGGAGGAGAGACCUCCAUCAGGAUGGUGUUUAACGUGGUUUACCCGAUGGCUCCAGACCAGCGGCGCCACGUCAGCAUCAACUCAGCUCGCUGGCUGCCGGACCCGGGGAUGGGUCUGGCGUACGGAACCAACAAGGGGGACCUGGUCAUCUGCCGGCCUGUGUUCUACCGUAGCGACGGUGAGAGUCCAGCUGAGUCGAGCAGCGAGCCGUUGUUCUCCGUUAACAACAGUGGAACCAGCCGGACUCGAGGUUCUGACCGACCAGGUCCAAAUCGCUCUGGCUGGAGACUGGACAGAGACAUGGGUCUGAUGAACGCGAUUGGUCUUCAGCCCCGACAUCCCGCCCCCUCAGUGACAUCACAGGGAACCCAGACGCCAAUCAUCCAGCUGCAGAACGCCGAGACACAAACGGAGAGGGAGCUGCCGGAGCCCAGCGCUCCGCAGCCGGCGCCAAAUGUCCCUCCUGAGACUCCGUCUACGAGUGGAUCGGCUCCGGGGCAGCUUGCGGCCGUGGCGUCCCAGGCCGGCAGCCAGGGCGAAGCUUCAGCGGAGCCCAACACAUCCACAGCUGGCACGGGAGGAGAGUCAUCGGGGGAGUCGGUCUCGGGGGAGGACGCUCUGGCUCGCAUCCGGCGCCUGAUCGCUGAAGGCGGCAUGACGGCGGUGGUCCAGCGGGAGCAGAGCACCACCAUGGCGUCCAUGGGCGGCUUCGGGAACAACAUCAUCGUGAGUCAUCGCAUCCACCGCGGCUCGCAGACGGCCGUGGGGGCGUCCCGGCCGCCUUCGGACCCGUCCGCGACGCCCCCCACUGCCUCAGCUCCCCUCCUCAUCCCGCAGACGUCCAACCCGGCUGAACAGCUCGCCAUGUGGGGCCCCCGGGCGCCGCCCGGCCUCUCACUCGCCGCGGACAUGGACGACGUGUUUGACGGCGUGCGGACGGACGACGACGACUCCUCCUCCCCGCCAGGCCCCUCCUCUUCCUCCAUGCUGCUGUCGUCCUCUUCCUCCCCCUCCUCUUCCUCUCAGAGCCCCCGCGGCGGUGCGGGAGGGGGGGGAGGGGUCUCCAACGGUUACUCCGGCGACCCGUACAGCAGGUAGUUCACCUUUUUGGCCAAGAGAAACCGAGCGUUUCAGCGAAAUAAGGGCGCUCCUCAAAGCCUUAACUCGCAGAGAAACAGGUGCUGCUUUUACUCUGCACGGGGUUUCUCACCCACAUAAGAAGGGGCGAAAAACCCCCCCCAACCCCUCCCCCCCACACCCUCCUCUCUCUUUGGCGUGCACUUCCUCUGCACUUAUAAAAAACUGGACUGAAGCUGAUCAUUCCUCGGCAGAAAGAGUUCUACUUGAACGGAGGCGCCGUGAGCUUUGGCGCCGUGAGCUCCUCUCUGCCUGAAUCUCUCUAAAAAGUUUCAGCGUGACGGAAGACAAGGUUCUUGUUUAUUUUAUCAAAGUGCCAUGUCCGAGGUAGGGUGGGGGUGUGUUUGGGGUGGUGGAUCGUGCUACACACACACACACACACACACACACACACACACACACACACACACACAUUUACUCCAGCGUGCUGCGUUCGGUGCCAUGUGUUGUUGAACUUUGAUGUGAAAUAGUGCGUGAUUGAAGUGUUUAAAAAAGUGAAAUUCAGCACUACUGCAUUAUUUUGAAGCCUGUUUUUGUACCUUGUGUAAUUAUGACGUUUGAAAAAGAAG